AUGCCUGAGGUGGCAGCUGUGGCGAAGGGUAAUGCUUCCCACAAGGCAUCGAAACUGACGCUGACUAAAGUCACUAAGAAGCUGCCUAAGAAGCGGAGAAAAUCUCGCAAGCAGAACUAUUCCACUUGCGUAUACAGGGUGCUGACUCAGAUCUACCCUUCUAUCAGGAUCUCGUCCAAGGUCAUGAGUGGUAUGAAUUCCCUCAUUGUCAACAUUUUCGAGUGCACUGUCUCCGAGUCUUCGCACCUCAUUCACUACAAGUGCCACACCAUCUCAGCCAAGGAGAUCCAGAGCGCCAUCCGCCUCAUGCUGCCAGGGGAACUGGCCAAACACGCUGUCUCCAAAGGCACCAAAAUGGUCACCAAAUACACCAACUCCAUUUUGGUCGAUCAUUCUAUAGAUUAUUAA